AUGCGGUCCCUCUUAGUCAUCCUCCUCCCCACCGCCCUGGCCCUGCCUUCAUUUCCCUUUUCGGCCUCGGCUCAACGGCCUCUCCAGGAUACCUCCGAGAUAUCAUGUCCUCUUGCUCCAAAAAUAGCCCCGGAUAGCGACGGCUUCUUAUCCUCGCUGCAUUUCAUUCAGGAUGAGGGCAUUCGCGCGCAACAAGUUGAGCGCCUCUCGCGCGCUGUGCAGGUCGACACGAGCGUUGGCGAUGCGGUGACGGAUCGCGACAAUGAGGCGUUUGCGCCCUUCGUGGACUUUCAGGACCUUCUUCGUGACUUGUUUCCUCUAGUCCACAAAACCGCCCAACUAGACCACAUAAACACCCACGCCCUGCUCUACACCCUCCCCGGCAAACUCCCCCACCUCCAACCAAUCCUCUUCCUCGCCCAUCAAGACGUCGUCCCUAUCGACGACCCAACCGACUGGACCUACCCGCCCUUCUCCGGCCACUACGACGGAACCUACAUCUGGGGCCGCGGCGCCAGCGACUGCAAGAACACGCUCAUCGGCCUGCUCUCCGCCAUCGAAGACCUGCUCAAUCAGGGCUUCAAACCAUCGCGCACGGUGAUUUUUUCAUUCGGCUUCGAUGAGGAGUCGCACGGUUUCCUAGGCGCCGGGCAUCUAGCCCCCGAACUCGAGAAGCGGUAUGGAAAAGACAGCAUCGCGUUGAUCCUGGAUGAGGGCGGAAACGGUGUGCAGGUCCUCCCCGAUGACGAGGAUGUCGUCUAUGCGCUCCCCGCUGUCGGUGAGAAGGGUGCUCUGGAUCUCAUCCUUGAACUCGCCGUGCCCGGCGGCCAUAGUUCCAUUCCGCCUGCGCACACGGGAAUCGGGAUUAUGGCGGAUAUCAUCCACACUCUCGAACGCAAGGACCUUUUCGUCCCUGAGUUAAACGAGAUUCAUCCUACCCGCAAGACAUUGGAAUGCCAAGUCGUGCAUUCGCCCGAACACAUCGAGUCGUGGCUGGGACAUGCAUUGUCGACAAACGAUUACCGCAGCCUAGCCGAGAAACUGGGCCAGUCGCGCGGUGACAAUUUCCGCGUCACUCUGCAAACAACUCAGGCAACAGAUAUCAUCCGCGGUGGCGUGAAGUCCAACGCAUUGCCGGAGAAAAUCUCCGCUGUGAUCAACUACCGUGUCGCGCUGCAUCAGACACCAGACACUGUUAUCUCUCGCGCGGUUGACUUGAUCACGCCCAUUGUGCAAGGAUACAAUCUCUCGUUCUCGCAUCCGUAUUCGUCUGGCGAGGGCGAAGGAACGAUCAACCAUCUCACGCUUAGGCCGCUUUCGUCCCCGCUCGUCCCCGCGCCGCUUAGUCCGACGGAUGUCUCCGCGGAUCAGAUUUGGACUCGGUUCUCGGGUGUGGCGCGCGCAGUGUUUGAGUCGGUUCCUGCUCUUAAGGGGAAGAAGGUUGUUGUGAGUGGGGAUGUUAUGACUGGGAACACGGAUACGCGGUUCUAUUGGAAUCUGUCGCGGAAUAUUUACCGCUGGAAUCCUAGUCGGGAGAGGUUCCUCAACAAUAUCCACACUGUUGAUGAGAAACAGUCCAUCGAUACCCACCUCGAGGGUAUGAUGAUGUAUUACGAUCUGAUUCGCGCUUUCGACCAAUGGGAAGAAACGAAUGAAUUUGCCCACGAACUGUGA